AUGGUUAGCUAUCGCCUCGUCGCUGCCGCCGGCCUUGUUGCCUCGGUCUACGCCCUUCCUUUGAACAUCAACCUCGGUGCUUACUCCCCUGCCUUGGUGGUCGGUGAUGGUGAAAUCUCUUUCGGAGGUGGUCAAGAUGUAUCGCAACUCUUCAACACCCUAGAGGGUGCUGCUGUCAACGCUGCUACCGGUCAGUCCAACACCGGACGUGCUGGAGGCGCCGGAGCUGGAGCUGGAGCUGGAGCUGGAGCUGCCGAAGGUGCUGCUGUUGCCCCAGCUGCUACACCCGCUCAACCCGCCACCGGUGCUGCCACUCAAGAAGCACCCGUUGUCGCCGCCAACGCUGCUUCUGCCGACCCGACUCUGUCCCAGCAAGCCUCUCAGAUCUCUACACUCCAAGGAAUGGGCAAGGAGAUCGCCCCUCGUGAGGGAGAGUCCCCCAAGGCCAAGCGUGACCUGCAGGGCUUCGACCGUGCCCUCCAGUACGCCGAGAACGCCUUGACCAAGGGACCUGUUGUUCAGCUUGGCACUGGUGAGGGUGGUGCCGGUGUUGGUAUUAUUGUCGACAACAGACCCGCCAACGGCGCCGCCGCUGGAGGAGGUGCCCGUGCCGGUGCUGAAGCUGGUGCUGCAACCCCCGCUGCUAAGCGUGACGAGUCUUCCGCAUCCCAGCCCCGUCGCCGAACCAAGGUGACCACCAUGUACGUCCGCCGUGGCGUUCCGGCUGCUCUGCAGACAUCUGAGUUUGAGACCCGCGACCUGAAGUCGGUCCCCGUUGUGGCUGUCGCCCCUGCCAAGGAGAGGCGCGAGGAGGCUGCCGAGGAGAAGCGAGAGACAACCACCAGCAUCGAUGCCAUCAACCUGAACGUUGACGACCCUCAAGGUAUCACCAUGACCUUCGUCGAGACUUCGGAAGACGACGAGUAA